CUCCCCUCCCACCGCCGCAGUGCCUGGCACACACCCCGCUUUCUCCCCGCCGGAGAGAUUAAAAAAAAAAAAAAAAAAAAAAAAUCAGAGAGAAAGAAAAGGCAGGAGGGGAAAAAAAAAAAAAUCCAGGGGAAAAAAAAAAAAAAAAUCCUGCUGACAUCAUCUGGGAUGACGGGGCUGAUCCUGCUGCCGGCCCCCCCGCCGGAGCCCCACUAAUGCUCCGCUUCUCCCGGCGCAGCCGCCUUCGUCCAGCCCGAGCCAAGGGUGCCGGCGGCUGAGCGGGGUGGCAGGCGGCCGCCCGGGCCGGCCGGCCGGGCUCUGGCAUCACCAUGCCCGGAGAAUCGGUGAAAACUGAAGGGUUGGGGGGAUUGGAGAAGGAAAACGGAAUGCCGGAGGGAUCGGAGGCAGCCCCCCCGCCUGCCACAGGCCCCCCGCCAAUGCCCGCCAAGGAGGAGGCUCGCCCGCAGCCCGAGGGGGCCAGCUGCGACCCCGGCCCCCCCGCCGCCACCCCCCCUGCCGAGGCCUGCCGGCCCCCCCUGCCCGCGGACCCCCUGGACACCCGCAUCGUCAUGGGGGAGGAGACGCGCUCCCCCGCCGCCCCCGAGCUCCGGGGGGGUCCCCCCCCACCUGCCGUGCCUUGUCCCUUCCCCGCUCCCACCAAAGACCCCCCACAGCACCAAGCGGCCGAGCCCCCCCCGGGCAGACCCCCCGCCACCGCCGCCCUGGACCCCGACCUCUUCUUCACGGCCCCCUCCACCCCCAUCCGGGUUGGGGGGUCCCGGUUGCCGCCCCCCCCUGAGGAGCAGACAGACGGGGAGAGCGAGGGGCUCUGCUCCCCCCCCACCUCCCCCUCCGGUUCCUACAUGACGGCCGAGGGGGGCAGCUGGGGCUCCUCCGGCACCGCCAGCACCUCCCCGUCCUGCUCCCCCAACCUGGUGGCCGAGGCCGAAGGCAUGGUGGAAGCUGACGCCAUGGCGGGGCUGCCCACCUGCCUGGAGGAUCCCCCUGCCUUCACCCCGCCGUCUCCUGAGGAGGAGGAGGAGGAAGAAGACGACGGGCCCUUUGCCCCGCCCGGGGAUGAGGAUGAUGAUGGGCAGACGCCGGAGGAGGAGGAUGAGGAGGAGGAGGAGUGGGAGAUGUCGGGGGGUGAGGGGCUCCCAGGCGCGGGUCUGAUCCCAGCGGCGCUGCUGCCCUUCCGCGGCAGCCUGCUCUUCCAGGCCGAGGCGGUGGAGAUCGCCCUGCUGCCCCCCGGCACAGCCCCCCUGCCCCUCUCCGGCGAGGAGGAGGAAGAGGAGGAUGAGGAGGAAGAAGAGGAGGGCGGCAGCACCUCGGCCUCCUUCCUGCGCUCGCUGUCAGAGACCUCCAUCACCGAGGGGGUGGACGAGUCCUUCGCCUUCCGCGACGACACCUCCGCCUCCUCCGACUCGGCCGCCUACGACGGCGAGGAAGACGAGCGGCUCUACGGCACCGAGCGCCACGCCAUGGGGACCGAGGGGGGACCCCCCAGCACCGCCACUGCGCCCCCCGCCACCGGCGCCUCUGGGGACGGCGGCAUCGAGCUCCACCUUCACGCCGGGACGGCCCUGGCCGGCUCGGGCUCAGCAGAGGGUUCCCCCCGGCACCAACGCGGCGAGGAGCCGGCGAGCGCAGCGCCGGACACGGAGGACGCCGGCAAGGAAAACCUCGGUGCCGAGCGGCUGGAGCUGGGGGCGCAAGAGCGGGAAGGCAGCGAGACUCCCCCGGCACCUUCCGGAGAAGACGGUGUGGAGCCGGACGGCGAGACCUUCCUCACCUCCUCCUCUUCCUCCUUGGAGCUGGAGGAGGCCUCAGCCCUGGAGCCUGACGUCCUGCGGGAGCCGGACCCUGUUUCGAGGGGGUGUCCCCUACCGGAGCCCCCCCAGCUCCCGGAGGAGGCCGUGGCGGGUGCCGAGGAGGAGCCGGUGCUGAAGGAUGAUUCCGGCACGGCAGCGCCGAGGGAGCGGCCCGGCACAGAGCCGGCGGUCGGCGGCAGCAUCCUGCAGCCCCCCGGCCCCUGCUCCGGGGAGCUUGGGGACCCCCAAAGCGAUGGGCUGGGGGACAAUGACAUGGCACCGGCCAACGGGGAGACCCAGGGCAGCCAUGGGAGCGAUGGUGACGACGAGGGUGACGGUGACCAUGAGCUUGGCACCGUGAGAACGGGGAGCACUGAGCUGGCAGCCACCGAUGGCCAUGACGAGACGGCCACCGUGGCCACCGACCUGGCGCCGUCGGUGACACCCAGCCUGCCAGACGAGACGGCCACCGUGGCCACCGACCUGGCGCCGUCGGUGACACCCAGCCUGCCAGACGAGACGGCCACCGUGGCCACCGACCUGGCGCCGUCGGUGACACCCAGCCUGCCAGACGAGAUGGACACCGUGGCCACCGACCUGGCGCCGUCGGUGACACCCAGCCUGCCAGAUGAGACGGCCACCGUGGCCACCGACCUGGCACCGUCGGUGACACCCAGCCUGCCAGACGAGACGGCCACCGUGGCCACCGACCUGGUGCCGUCGGUGACACCCAGCCUGCCAGAUGAGACGGCCACCGUGGCCACCGACCUGGCGCCGUCGGUGACACCCAGCCUGCCAGACGAGACGGACACUGUGGCCACCGACCUGGCACCAUUGGUGACCGACACCGCAGCCACUGACCUGGAGCCGUUGGUGACAACCAGCCCACUGGAUGAGAUGGACACCGUGGCUGCUGACCUGGUGCCAUCGGUGACGCCCAGCCCUCCGGAGGAGCCAGACACUGCAGCCACUGACCUGGCACAGUCGGUGACAUCCAGCCUGCCGGAGGAGCCAGACACCACGGCCACCGACCCUGACCUGGUGCCAUCGGUGACACCCAGCCCGCCGGAUGAGCCGGACGCUGUGGCCACCAACCUGGUGACACCCAGCCUGCUGGAUGAGCAGGACACCGUGGCCACCGACCCCGACCUGGUGCCAUCAGUGACACCAAGCCCACCAGAGGAGCAGGAGACUGCAGCCACUGACCUGGCGCCGUCGGUGACACCCAGCCCGCCACACGAGCUGGAUGUCACGGCCACCAACCUGGCGCCAUCGGUGACACCCAGCCCGCCACACGAGCUGGAUGUCACGGCCACCAACCUGGCGCCAUCGGUGACACCCAGCCCACCAAAUGAGCCAGACACUGUGGCCACCACCCUGGUGACACCCAGCCCGCUGGAUGAGCAGGACACCGCGGCCACCGACCCCAACCUGGUGCCAUCGGUGACACCCAGCCCACCAGAUGAGCAGGACACCACGGCCACUGACCCUGAUCUGAUGCCAUCGGUGACACCAAACCCACCAGACGAGCCGGAUGCUGCAGCCACCGACAGCCUGCCGGAUGAGCAGGACGCUGUGGCCCCCAACCUGGUGGCAUCGGUGACGCCAAGCCCAUCGGACGAGCCGGACGUCACGGCCACCGACCUGGUGCCAUCAGUGACACCCAGCCCCCUGGACGAGCCGGACGUCACGGCCACCGACCUGGCGCCAUCAGUGACACCCAGCCUGCCGGAUGACAUCAUGCCACCACCCCCCCCAGCACAGGCCGAGCCCCCGGAGCAGCUGGUGACCGUCUGUCCCACGGCGCGAGGGACAACGACGCGUCCCGCCGGGGCCGCUGGCGAAGCCCCCGAGGAGUGGGAUGCCACCACCGCCUCCUCCGAGGAGUCGUCCCCGGAGCUGCUGGACACCUCCCGCUCCCGCACUGACUCCAGCUUCUUCACCGCCCCCGAGGACAGCGCGGGGGAGGCGGCCGCCCCCCCCAGACCCCCGUCUUCCUCCUCCGAGGAAGAGGAGGAGGAUGAGGAGGACGCUGCUGCCCGUCGCUGCCUGGCCCUCUGCCUGCCCGCCUCGCCCCCCGCCAUCCCCCCCUUGGUUUUCACCGCCUCGGAGCGGGAGGUGUAUGUGGGGGUCCCCCCGGCCCCCCUCGAACUGCUCCCACCACCCGGUGCCUUUUCGGAGAGCGGGGCGGCCUGGCAGCGCCGGGAGGACCGGCAGCAGGUCACCGCCAUGUUACGGGGCUCCUUCGGGGACCUGCCGGCCCCCCGCCUCCCCCCCAGGCCCCCGGAGCCCCCUGAGGUGCCGGCAGAGCCCCCGCAGGGCCCCCCUGGAGAUGGGGGGCCAGAGGAACCCCCAACCCCUCGGCCGGGCGAUGAGCCCCCUGGCCAGACUGCGGGGGAAACCGAUGCCAAAGUUGCGGGGGAGAGCGGCCCCCCCAGCCCCCCCAGUGAGUCCCCGGCCCCCCCCAGGCAGCAGGAGGAAGAGGGGGUGACGGCAGGGGCCGGAUCCAGCCCCCAGCCCGCUCCGGGUGCUGGCGAAGGGGGGGACGCUCAGCCGGAGCCCCCCCCGGAGCCGUCAGGGGAAGCGGCCCCUCCUGAGCCCCCCAGCCCGCCGCCGGCCCCCCGCCCUCUGCUCCCCAAACUCAGCCAAGUGCCUCCUCUUGCCGCCGCGCCGUCGCUGCCGUCGCCGGAUCCGGCCCGCGGCCCCCAGGACACCUCAGGGCUCCCCGCCGGCGAGGAGCGUCCGUCUGUCCUGCCGCCCGCCAGGAAGCACCUCGAGGCCCCCCAGCCCUCCCCGUGCAAGGAGAAGGAGGCGCGGGGCAGGCAGGCAGGGACAGGCAGCGCGGGCAGCCGGGGGCCCCCCCGGGGGUCCCUGCAGUCGGAGUCGAGCUCCUCCAGCGAGGCGGAGGCCCCGUACCCCUGUCCCGAGAUCCAGCGCCUGCGGGAAGCCGCCGGCAUCGCCCUGCGCCACGACAAGCAGCCCCCGGCCCCCCGCCGCUGCGAGGCCAACCAUAAAGGGUCGUGUAACGAGUCGGAGAGUAACGACGAGUCCAUCCCUGAGCUGGAGGAGCCCGAGGGCUCGGAGCCGCUGCCAGCCCAGACCCAGGCGCAGCUCACCCACUCGCUGGGCACCGGGGAGGAGACGGUCAGCAAGGCGAAGCAGAGCCGGAGCGAGAAGAAGGCCAGGAAGGCCAUGUCCAAGCUGGGGCUGAGGCAGAUCCACGGCGUCACCCGCAUCACCAUCCGCAAGUCCAAGAACAUCCUCUUCGUCAUCACCAAACCCGACGUCUUCAAGAGCCCCGCGUCCGACAUCUACAUCGUCUUCGGGGAAGCCAAGAUUGAGGACCUCUCGCAGCAAGUGCACAAGGCGGCAGCGGAGAAGUUCAAGGUGCCGAUGGAGCACUCGCCCCUCAUCACGGAGACGGCGCCCACCCUCACCAUCAAGGAGGAGAGCGAGGAGGAGGAGGAGGUGGACGAGACGGGGCUGGAGGUGAGGGACAUCGAGCUGGUGAUGGCCCAGGCCAACGUCUCGCGCCCCAAAGCCGUGCGGGCGCUUCGGCACAACAACAACGACAUCGUCAACGCCAUCAUGGAGCUGACCAUGUAGCGGCCGGGGGUGUCCCGGCCCCCCUGUAUAGAUGCACAGUAACUCCCUGCCCCCCCAUCCUCCCUCUUGACCCCCCCAUCCUCCUCCUCCGCAUCUGUAUCGCUCAAUAAAUGGCCUCAUGUAUCACUUGG